CUAGGGUUCGUGUCCAACGUCGCCGCGGCGGAGAUCCAAUCCAACCCGGUUCGAGUUCAACCUCGCGGAUCUGCGGCGGCGGCGAUGGAGAACCAUGGGCACGUCCUCCGCUCCACCGAGACGGCCAAAGCCGCGAGCCAGAGGCUUGACAAGGUGAUUAUCAGCAUAAUUGGUCUUCUUUUAUUUGGGAAAUUAUUAGAGCCUUUAAGGGGAACAAUGGAGUUAUCAAAGUUCGUUUUUAUUGUCAACUUCUCAACUUCAAUGUGUGUCUUCGUAACUGCUAUUGCUGUGUACUAUGUAACACAACAAGAGAGCUACCUGUACACUCCUCUUUCUGGUUUUUAUGGGGUUCUGUCAGGAUUGCUGGUGGGCAUCAAGCAACUUAUGCCAGAGAUGGAGCUUAAUCUUUUCGUGCUGAAGAUUAAGGGAAAGGGACGAUCUAGAAGAGUACACAGUCGGCUUCGGCAAGUGUACAUCGACAUGCUCAAGGAGCAGCUCCUCGACGUCGAUACAGUCCCGGGCUGCGCCUCAUCUCCAUCACCGGCGAGAGCAGCAUCGGCAAGACCACGCUCGCGCGCAAGGUCUACCAGAGCCCCGAGAUCCGCAACCACUUCGCCAUACUACACCGUAAGAAAUAGAGCUGAAUAUUGCUCAUGUACACUUGGCCAUGGCAUUCAGUUAACUGAAUAUUGCUACUACAGCAGGGCUCAGAAACAAUAGUGUGCCUCACAGCAUUUGGAUUUGAACAUGAAUUUCUUAGAUUGAUUUGCUUUGAUAUGAUAUAAGGAAAUAGUUGUCUGCGCGUAUACUAAGGCCUUUUUUGGUCAAUGAGUUGGACCCACAAUACCUGCUUCAUGAUCACAGCAAAGUAUAUGAGGUUGCCUCACCGUACCGACUGGCCAUGGAAUUCAGUUCAGUUUCAGUCCGAGUUACGGUGGCUGACAGCUUCUUUGCCUUGCUGCCUGCGUUUUCCGCCCGAUGGCGGAUUCACGGUUCGUUCAUUUCGGACUCGAAUUCAGGUUCUUCGUUUCCGAUUCGGUUUCAAUAUAUGCUGACGAGACGAUCCACACGGAAAGCUCGCCCCUUGUCGCGUCCAACCAAGCCGUCGAACGUCGAUCGAGCGCCAUGGCCGUCUGCAACUGCAACUGCAAGAGACCUGCUGCCGUCCUCGACACGACGACACCGGCCACGCGACGACCACCCAAGGACCAGAAACGACCGGCUGCCACAAGAGGAGGCGCAUCCGGAUGGAUCAGCGGCACCGAGGACUACGAGGAGACGCGCGGCAUCGGCAAGGGCGGCUAGCUCCGGCAUCGUCGUCAAGGCACGCCACCGCACCACCGGCAAGACCGUGGCGAUCAAGUUCCUCGGCUGCACAGAGGACCCCGCCGACGGCACUAGGGAGCUCCGGCGCGAGGCCGGCUGACAGGACUAACAAAAUUCUUGAGAACUGUUCAGGUUCAGGUUCAGGUUCACAAAAUGGAUCUCGUGUUUCGCCAGUGUCGGUCGCUAUGAAUUCUUCAGAAAUUUUCAGGUUCAGAUAGUUGAGGUCCUGAUAAUUGCACGUUCCUGAAGACGAUCCUUGCCCACCAGGAUUAUUUUGAGGGAACCAGAAUCGGAUUGUCUUGAUUGAAGAAUUCUGAAAACACUUGUGAACUUGAUGAAGUUGGCAUCUUCUCAUGUUGCUUCUUCUGGUGACAUGUUUAACCAUUGUACCAGCCACUGCGUUACCAGUUACCAGGAGAGGUACUGCUUGAGUUUCAAGUGUCAGGACAGGAGCGACCUUGCUUUGCCAUGAGGAUCCACUAGCGGCAAACCUGGAGCAGGAACAGCUAAUGGGCUCAAGUGCUUCUUGAAUUGAGUGAUGUGAAAAAACGCCAUGUAUUUGUGCCACGUCCAGAAGCUGCAGUUUAUAUGCUCCUGCACCAAUUUUCUUCGGAACUAGAAAUGGUCCAUAGAAUUUAGUAGCCAGUUUGAGUCCUAUACAGAUGUCAAAAGCUGUCAUGGUUGCAAUUUUUAAGUAAAUCAUAUGUCUCACUUCAUAGUUCAUGUCAGGUCUCUUUUUAUCUGCAUACUUUUUCAUUCUGGCUUGAGUUUUUUUUUAA